GUCCAACCAUCCUGAACUCAGAACCUGAAUGAAACAGGGAGAAGGUCCAACGGGAAGGUCACGGUCAGGUCAGUGAUGGAGCUGAAGGUCUGGGUGGACGGGGUCAUCAGGGUGGUCUGUGGUCUUUCUCUGAACACUUCCUGUCAGGAGGUCGUUAUCUCUCUCGCACAGGCGACUGGCCAGACUGGUCGGUAUGUUUUGAUCAGGAACUUUCGAGGAUUGGAGCGACCUCUGGUUGCUGAUGACUGUCCCAUGCACAUGCUGGCUCAGAUGGGUCAGCUGGCUGCAGAGGUCCACUUCAUCCUGCGGAGAACUGGUCCCAGCCUCAGUGACGGUCCAUACAAACCCACCAAAGAGAGCCAUCCUCUCCUGGUGGUGCCCUCAGAACCAAAGCUGUUUAAGCAUAAGGGUCCUCAGAAAGCUCUCACAUUCAAUUUGGGUGCCUCAACUCUUCCCAGGAGGACUAAACCCAGCAGGAACUGGUCUCCAACUCUGGGAGAAUCAGCAGAAGUACAUGCUUCUCCUGGUACUUUCCAGGAUUGCCCCGACUCUGUGAAAAAACCUCCCUAUGAUCCUCAGAAUGAGGAGAUGUUCAGGCAGAUCCUGCAACAGCAGAAGAUGCUACAUGACCUGGAGGUUCAGAUUGAAGCUUUGGAGAAGGAUACAGAAUUAUGGGAGCAGAAUGUCACAUCCUCUCCAGUUCCAGAUCCAACUCCAGACCUAACAGAGAACCUGCAACAGCUGGAGUUUCGGCUGAAGCAGUAUGAGGUGGAGAUGAUGUAUGGAGAAAACUGGGAGGCGGAGCUGAAGGUGGAAAUGGAACGAGAACAAGAAAUGCAGAGACGUCUCCAACAGAUACACUCAUCUAUAGACGAUCAGAGCUACGAGAUCAAGGUGUUACAAACCCGCACUGAUCACCUGGAGCAGGACUUACAAGACCGAGCCCAGACCAACAGCCAGAGUCCUGAGGAGGAGGGGGUCCGGCUGACAAACGAGGCCCUGAAGUCCCUGACGCAGGAGCUCCAUAACCGGCUGCAGCUGGGAGAAGAUCUGGACACCGCGUUAGCAGAGACAGAGUGGAACCUGCAGACUGCAGAAGAAAGGAUAAAGGGCAGAUUGGAGAUGAUCGAUGGGCUCAACAAGGAGCUGAGACAGUGUGACCUGCAGCAGUUCAUCCAGCAGGCUGGUGUAAACCCUUACUCUGAUCAGGUGAACCCGUCGCCUGUGAAAGAAGUCAACCUCAGCAAGGCUCGCAUCAGGAAGUAGGAGCAGCCGAGGCAUUAGUAGGACACAGAUGGAGGUCAGAAGUCCUGUCAAGAUACCGCUGUGUGUGUGUGUGUGUUUGUGUAUAUGUUGUUAGUUUGAUUUGCCAAAAAGUGUGAAAAUAAAUUAAGUGGAUAUAAAAAUAUGUAUCUAUCUGAAUCUUCAGACAUGUAAUGUCAAUAUCUAUAUGUAAAAAUAAAGUUUUUUUUUUUUUUUA